AUGCUCGCCACAAGAAUACUACGCUCAGCAAAGGGCGCAAAGCCCAACAUUACCGGCUUCGACAUCAGCAAACUUCGAGCAGCUGCUGGCACCCCCAAAUACGAUCCCUGGGAGAGAACCGAGGCGUGGCGAUACCGAGGCCCUUUCACGAGGUGGAACCGAUUCAAGGGCACCCUUCCCGGCCUCGGAACCGCGACUGUGGCGUUUACGAUUUACUGCCUGUACGAGCACUUUUUCCUCAACGAUGAGCACCACCACGGACAUAGCGAAGGCCAUGGCACGGAGAAGCAUUAA